ACACACACAUAUACAUCUCAGGACCUUCCCACAAAUCAGGGGGGACUCGGUACAAAGGGCUAGAUAAUAUAAUCUAUAUUAGAUUAACCGUAUUUUUGGAGUAGACAUGGCGCUUUACUAAUUAAUAAUAAAUAAUAACAAUGGAAUUUCUUUAAAAUGUCCUUUCCUUUCUUUUAAAAUGUUGAUGCUAGAUCAAAGCUACCCAACUAACUUUCAUGGACUUUCCCCGAUAUUCCGUUCCAGUGGAAGCUAUUGAUAUUAAUAUGAAAGUUGUACUGUUUAUACACGGACAUAAUAGAAAGAACGGAAGGGGUAUAAGAUGAGAUAGUCACUGGGCCUACUUUCGGAAAUACUUACUUCCGUACCAUGCGCCUAUGACAAAUAGUAUAUGACUAGAAGUCUGUUUGAGCCCAGUCAUUGGCUGUCGCUAUACCUUAUUCAUGUACGACGUACAUCUUUACUAGCCUUGACAUACUACACAACAGUAAUACGGUGCACUCGGCUAUUUAAUCUAUAAUUUAUAAACAAUGUAAUUCAUGUAUGGCGAAAAUUCAAAAAUUAUAACAAUUGAAGUUUCAAUUAACGAGUCAUGGAACGCCACCGAGAAGGUUUACCAAAUAACUAACCGACGGGAAAUAUCCAAACCGAAAAUGCAGACAUCAAACGGAAACUUGUCGGACAUAUCUUCUGCCAAGAGUGGAUAUGAUUUGCCUGUGUUUGACCAUGGUCAUUUUUACGGUGUCCAUCUGGCAGCAUUGUUUUGUAUUUUUGUGAGUUUUCUGUGUGCCGUCACUGUUAUUACCGCGUCCUUCACAAAACGAAAGACCAACUUUUUCACCUGGUCAAAGAGUGAUCGGUUUAUCGUGUACAUAGCUAUUUGUGAUUGCCUUUUCAAUAUCGCCCAUAGUCUGGACCACACUCAUGUACUCAUCACCCAAUCUCAUGUCAGGCCAAAAGAACUCUGUGCUUUCUACGGAUUUAUUUUGUCCGAGUUUUUGAGCGCACAAAUUUUCAUGAUAAACCUGGUGGCCAUAAAUGCGUUUUGUUUGAUGUUUUUCAACAAGGAUAUUCCAUUCGGAAAAUGGGACCACCGACUGUUAAUUUGGACUUUCGGGGCACCUUUCAUCGCUUCCAUUGUUGCCGUGUCUUUGAACCAGUUCGGACCAAACACAGUCUUCUGCUUUAUGGACGCUAUCACCGGCAAACUGAUGAACACAGUGUACCUGACCAUCCCCUUACUGAUCGUCUUCUCGGUAAAUUUGGUGUUGUACGGUCUGACAUACUGGCGCCUCAAAGUGGGCUCCAACAAGUUUAAAGGCUCCAGGAUGUCGUCACGGACGCGGCGCGUGGCACGAAACAUGAUUCUCUUCCUUCUGGCGUUCUUUGUCCAGUACUGGGCUGCAGCUCUAUUUGGUGCGUGGCAGUUGUUUACCGAUGAUAUCCCUGUCAUCAUUUACUACUUUCUGACAACUUUCACGAAUAUUGGUGGAUUCCUGAACGGGUUGGUGUACAUAGUGAUACGUCGCAGGUUCCUGCAAAGGAACAAAAACGGCGAUAAAACGUCUGUGGACAAGAUAAAUAGGUCUGGUGACGCUAGCCCUACUGCAAUGAGACACGUCAGAAUAAAUAAUCAGAAGGGAGACAUUGCCAAGUCAAACGACAAUAUCCUGGCUUCGGACUAUACUUCAACGUGUCAGAGACAAUAGGCAGGCACAAAGAUGGAUACUUCGAUUUUUAUAUGAUCUGUCGUUGAUAUAUAUCAUCAUAUUUAUCUGUGGAACGUAUCUUCUGUAACUCAUUUGUAUGUUUAAUUAAAGUUUAAAAUCACGGAGAGAUCUGGUUAAAAUACAUUCGUGGUUGUAUUGUCCCUUACAUGAUAACUUGUACCAGAUGGUCCGGUCACGUGAUGACUUGUACAGAUAGUUCGGUCACUUGAGGACCUGUCCAAAUUGUCCAGGCACGUGGUGACUUGUAUCGAUGGUCUGGUCACGUGAGGACCUGUCCAAAUUGUCCAGGCACGUGAUGACUUGCACAGACUGCCUGGUCACGCGAGGACCUGUCCAAAUUGUCCAGGCACGUGAUGACCUGUACAGACUGUCUGGUCACGUGAGGACCUGUCCAAAUUGUCCAGGCACGUGAUGACCUGUACAGACUGUCUGGUCACGUGAGGACCUGUCCAAAUUGUCCAGGAACGUGAUGACUUGUACAAAUCGUCUGGUCACGUGAGGACCUGUCCAAAUUGUCCAGGCACGUGAUAACUUGUACAAAUCGUCUGGUCACGUGAGGACCUGUCCAAAUUGUCUAGGAACGUGAUGACUUGUACAAAUCGUCUGGUCACGUGAGGACCUGUCCAAAUAGUCCAUGAACGUGAUGACUUGUACUGAUGGUCGGUCACGUGAGGACCUGUCCAUGUGGUGAGAACAAGUAUAGAUGUACCGAUAACAUGAAUAUUUCCAAGAUAUGGUCCAGUAACGUGAUGACAGUUUGCCAGGCCAAGUAAGGACCUGUCCAGGUUUUUCAGUCAUGUGAGGAUCCUGUCCAGAUAACACGGCCACGUGAAGACCUGUCAAUAUAACGUGAGGACUUGUUUAGGUGGUCCGAUCACGUGAGGACUUGUUUAGGUGGUCCGAUCACGUGAUGACUUGUUUAGGUGGUCCGAUCACGUGGGGACUUGUUUAGGUGGUCCGAUCACGUGAUGACUUGUUUAGGUGGUCCGAUCACGUGAGGACUUGUUUAGGUGGUCCGAUCACGUGAGGACUUGUUUAGGUGGUCCGAUCACGUGGGGACUUGUUUAGGUGGUCCGAUCACGUGUGGACUUGUUUAGGUGGUCCGAUCACGUGGGGACUUGUUUAGGUGGUCCGAUCACGUGGGGACUUGUAAAAAAAAAUGGUUCGGUUACAAGAGAAUGAGUCGGGUAGUCUAGUCAUUUCAGGAUCUGUCCAGGUGGGCUGGACACGUGAGGAUUUGUACAGAUUGUCCGGUUAGCCGAGGUUCUGUCCAGAUAUUUCCUGACCACUAGAGAAUGCAGAUGAACUACCUGCAGAAGUUAAUAAUGUGGUCUUUGAUUGCUGCUAUUGGAAAUUGAAACUUAUUAUUUUACACUUUAUGUUAAGGACCGAAUAAAACCUUAAUACUAG